UCGAUGCGCACCACAACAUCUGGCGUCUCUACAUAUUAAUAUUCAUCCAACAAAUAAGUAAUUUUAAAACGCCGUUUUCCGAUAAUGGGAUAUUGCAAGAUGCCUUAAUUAGUACGAAGUUUACAUGCAACUUAACUUUUUCCACUUAUAGCCUAUAAGCGCUAUAUAUAGUUUUGCUGGACCGAAUCGAUAUCAUUGAUCAUGUUAAAACAUACGGCAAAUUAUCCAUUUUACACAGACAUCACUAUGCUGUCCGAGGAUGAAGAAAACCGGAUUGAGAGUGACGGAAGCUCGAACCGGAGUUAUGGAUGGUGCCCGGGCUCAGACUUGCGCCAGGGGAUGGUGACCAGCGACGUCGUCUUCAUUAAGCAGCGGAGAGUAGCCAAUGCCAGGGAAAGGGACCGCACAAUGAGCGUGAACACGGCCUUCUCGGCCCUCCGGACUCUCAUACCCACUGAGCCGGUGGACAGAAAGCUCUCCAAGAUAGAAACCCUGCGCUUAGCCUCCAGCUACAUCUCGCAUUUGGGGAACGUCCUGUUGACAGGAGAGGGCGGUACGGAUGGACAGCCAUGCAUGACAGCUGUGCGCUACGCUCAGGCGGAUAGUGAAUUAAAGCAACGAAGAGCAAUAUGCACCUUCUGCCUCAGCAAUCAAAAGAAGUGGGUGAAAGAUGGCAGAGAUUCUCGAAAGUUGCACGGGGUCAGUUCGCUGCAAACAGGCCACAGGUAAACGGCAGUCUUGUUAAGCAGAGUUGCAAUCCGUAUGCGAGUCGCAUGGAAGUGCCCCCAGCUGGAACCCUGGAGGGCUGUGCAGAGAGCUGGGAAAAGAGAACAUGAUACAUGGGAUUUAACAUGGACUGUUCAGGCAACAGGGGACCCAGUGAACAAGUACAUACAUGGAAAUAUUGUGACAGAUUUAUUUGAUUUGUAUUUGAUGAUUUGGAUUUAGCCAGAGUGAAAUCUUAUUUUCUGAGAACUGGUGAUAUCCAUUCUUUAAUAGAUACACACAAAUAUACGCAUAUAUUAUUAAAUAUUAUUUGUGUAAUUCUGUUUUUGUCAUAUUUAAAAGGCAUCUCAUUGUGAAAGAAUAAAUUCACUAAGAAA